CCCCGCCUUCCGCGCGGAGCCCGUGCAGCCCCUGCUUAAGAGACCCCGCACUGGGGCGCUCUGGCUGAGUAGAGCCGCGGCCGCCAUAGUGACUGGCCGGACUUGUCGCUGCUGAAGGGCUAACCGGCUGAAGAAGGAGACGUCGCCAUCGUCGAUUUUGGAGCCCGAGAUUUCUGGCGUUCCCGGCUCCGGGAAGCGGAAGAGGAAGAGGAGGAAGGUGGCCGCGGCGGCCGGGGGCCCGCACAGCGUCCCUGUGCUGGCUCGGGGCUGGGGUGAGGCGAGGCCCCGGGCCUAGUGCGGCCUAGUCCCAGCUUUGUCUGUGAGGAGGCGGCGGCGGUCUCCGCGGCCAAGGGGAAGGAGCCGGAGGCGGCGGCGGCGACCCCCGUCAGGGAGCCCUCUCUGUCCCGCCUCCCCUAGGUUUGCGGGGUGCUCGUGUCUCCUCCCAGCGGGACUCCGUGUACGGGGAGGAGGAGGAGGGGGGAAGGGGGCCGGGGCGGGGGCCCGGGCCCGGGAGCUGACGCCGAUCGGGAAGAAAGCUGCAGUCGCCGGGAGCCGAGCUCGGCCAGGCGGCCGCCCCAGGAGGAGACAGACAGACAGGCAGGCAAACAGGAGGCCUGUGGCCUUGGCGGACUCUGCCCCGUCCUCCCCUCCUCCCGGGGCCUGGGGUCGCCCUCGUUGCCGGAAAGAGACAGAGGGGAGGUGGCGGCGCGAUGGACCCCUGAUCCCUCUGGGGGGACUCGAACUGUUUUUCCCUGGACUGCUGCUGAUUGCGCCGCCCGCUUGCCUGUCUCCUGCAAUCCCUUAGCAUGAGCGAGGGGGGCCCCGCUGGGUGACAUUGUACGGCUUAUACCCGUUGGAUCCCUACCUUUUCCUUACCCUCUUCUCCGUACCCAGGCCCUACCUCCAAAUUCCCUUCCCCCAUACCCUCCCUCUCCCAUCUACCCAUGAAGUGAUUUGAGUAUUGGGGGGGGUUCUUGGUUCAGAACCCCAUUCGUGGGGUCGGGGGGGGGGGGAGCAAUAAGGCCUAAGGUUCCCUCAGUUUCUGAGUGUUUUUGUGUGUGUACAUAUCUCUUAAGUUUAUAAAUAUACAUAUAAUUCAGAGUGUCACGUCUCAUCGCUGAGCCUUAGGGAACUUUUGGCACCAUGUCCUGUGUGCAUUAUAAAUUUUCCUCCAAACUCAACUAUGAUACCGUUACCUUUGAUGGACUCCACAUCUCCCUGUGUGAUUUGAAGAAGCAAAUCAUGGGGAGAGAGAAACUCAAGGCUGCUGACUGCGAUCUACAGAUCACCAAUGCACAAACGAAAGAAGAAUACACAGAUGAUAAUGCCCUGAUUCCCAAGAAUUCAUCGGUUAUUGUAAGAAGAAUUCCUAUUGGAGGUGUUAAAUCUACGAGCAAGACAUAUGUUAUGACUUCCAAAUCGCGCACAAUCCUAGAAACUCCUUUCAGAAGUCGAACUGAACCAGUGAGUGGAACCUCAAAAGCAAACCUAUCUAAUUCAUUGAGAAGACAGUUUGAUAUGCCUAGUAAUGUUCAAUGGGAGGCUAAAAUGGAAACUAAAAUGAAGAUUGAUGACUCUUCUGCGUCUAUUUCUCUGGCCCAGCUUACAAAGACUGCCAAUCUGGCUGAAGCCAAUGCUUCUGAAGAAGAUAAAAUUAAAGCAAUGAUGUCACAGUCUGGCCACGAAUAUGAUCCAAUCAAUUACAUGAAGAAACCUCUGGGUCCACCUCCACCAUCUUAUACCUGUUUCCGGUGUGGUAAACCUGGCCAUUACAUAAAGAAUUGCCCAACAAAUGGGGACAAAAACUUUGAAUCAGUUCCCAGAAUUAAAAAGAGUACUGGAAUUCCUAGAAGUUUUAUGAUGGAGGUGAAAGAUCCUAAUAUGAAAGGUGCCAUGCUUACCAACACUGGAAAAUAUGCAAUACCAACUAUAGAUGCUGGGAGACUCCUCUUUCACAAAUUGGGAACAAUGGGGCAUAAGCAAAUUGAUACUUAUUUCUGGAAUCGUGGUGAUGUCUAUGGAGCAGCUGCAACACAAAUAACACACCUAAGAGAGGCAUAUGCCAUAGGGAAGAAAGAAAAACCACCUUUCCUACCAGAGGAACCAUCCUCUUCAUCAGAAGAGGAUGACCCUAUUCCAGAUGAAUUGUUAUGUCUAAUCUGCAAAGAUAUAAUGACUGAUGCAGUUGUCAUACCUUGCUGUGGAAACAGUUAUUGUGAUGAAUGUAUAAGAACAGCAUUGCUAGAAUCAGAUGAACAUACAUGUCCAACUUGUCAUCAGAAUGAUGUAUCUCCUGAUGCUUUAAUUGCCAACAAAUUUUUGCGCCAGGCUGUUAAUAACUUCAAAAAUGAAACUGGUUAUACUAAAAGGCUUCGGAAGCAAAUACCUCCACCCCCACCUCCAAUUCCACCUCCAAGACCACUGAUUCAGCGGAACCUACAACCACUGAUGAGACCUCCAAUUUCAAGACAACAGGACCCUUUGAUGAUUCCAGUGACAUCUGCAUCUACUCAUGCUGCUACUUCUAUAUCAUCAUCCAUGACUCCUAAUCAGUCUUCCCUAUCCUCUGCUGUACCUAUAAAUCAACCUACUACUCCAGCACCAGUUCCUGAUAUAACUGCCACAGUGUCCAUAUCUGUCCAUUCAGAAAAACCAGAUGGGCCUUUCCGUGAUCCUGAUAAUAAAAUUAUACCUGCUGCAGCUUUGGUAUCAGAUCAUCCUAAAGCUUCUUCAUCAAUAGCAAUUAGUGCACUAAUGGAAGAAAAGGGCUAUCAGGUACCUGUACUUGGAACCCCUUCUUUGCUUGGGCAGUCCCUUUUGCAUGGACAGUUGAUACCUACAACUGGUCCAGUAAGAAUAAAUGCUGCUCGUUCUGCUGGUGGUAGACCUGGUUGGGAACCAAGCAUAAAUCGAGGACGACAUCAUGGUGAACGCUCACAGAGAACUCAAGGCCCAUCACUACCAGCGACACCAGUCUUUGUACCUGUGCCACCACCUCCUUUGUAUCCACCACCUCCCCACACACUUCCUCUCCCUCCAGGUGUUCCACCACCUCAGUUCCCUCCUCAAUUUCCACCUGGGCAACCACCACCUGCUGGCUACAGUGUCCCUCCUCCAGGUUUCCCUCCAGCACCUACAAAUUUAUCAACACCUUGGGUAUCAACAGCAGUACAAACAGCUCAUUCAAAUACUAUCCCAACAACACAAGCUCCACCCUUAUCCAGGGAAGAGUUCUACAGAGAGCAAAGACGACUAAAAGAGGAGGAAAAGAAAAAGUCCAAACUAGAUGAGUUUACAAAUGAUUUUGCUAAGGAAUUGAUGGAAUACAAAAAGAUUCAAAAGGAGCGUAGGCGCUCAUUUUCAAGGUCUAAAUCACCAUAUAGUGGCUCCUCCUAUUCAAGAAGUUCAUAUACCUAUUCUAAAUCAAGAUCUGGUUCCUCACGUUCCCGUUCCUAUUCUCGAUCCUUUAGUCGUUCACACUCUCGUUCUUAUUCACGAUCCCCUCCAUAUCCCCGAAGAGGCAGAGGGAAAAGUCGAAAUUAUCGUUCAAGAUCCAGAUCUCAUGGAUAUCACCGCUCCAGAUCUAGGUCACCCCCAUAUCGACGAUAUCAUUCACGAUCAAGAUCACCUCCAGUUUUUAGGGGACAAUCUCCUAAUAAACGAAAUGUACCUCAAGGAGAAACAGAACGUGAAUAUUUUAAUAGAUACCGAGAAGUCCCACCACCUUAUGAUAUAAAAGCUUACUAUGGUAGGAAUGUUGACUUUAGAGACCCAUUUGAAAAAGAACGUUACAGAGAAUGGGAAAGAAAUUACAGAGAGUGGUAUGAAAAAUAUUACAAGGGUUAUGCUGCUGGAGCACAACCUAGACCUCCAGCAAAUAGGGAGAACUUUUCUCCAGAGAGAUUUGGACCACUGGGCAACAGAAGAGAGAAUUCUCCCUUUGCUCGAGGUCGCAGAGAAGAUUAUUCUGGUGUACAAGGUCACCGCAGUCGCAACAUAGGUAGCAAUUACCCAGAAAAGCUUUCAGCAAGAGAUGGUCACACCAUGAAGGAUAGUGCCAAGUCAAAAGAGAAGGAGAGUGAAAAUCCACCAGGAGAUGGAAAGGGAAACAAACAUAAGAAACACCGAAAGAGAAGAAAGGGAGAAGAAAAUGAAGGAUUUCCUAACACAGAGUUGCUAGAGAGUUCUAGAAAACAAAGAGAACCUGUAGGUGGGGAAGAUAUUAAAACAGACUCCUUGUUCAUUCUCCCCAGUAGAGAUGAUGCCACCCCUGUUAGAGAUGAACCAAUGGAGGCAGAGUCAAUAACUUUUAAACCUUUAUCAGAAAAGGAGAAGAAAGAAAAAGACAAACCAAAAGCAAAAGGCGACAAGACUAAACGUAAAAAUGAAGGGACUACUGGUUCAAAAAAAGAGAGCACUGCAAAACCUGUUAAAGCAUCCCAGGAGAAAACAGAUCUAGAACGUGAAAAAUCUCCAAGAUCUGAACCACCAUCCAAAAAAGCCAAAGAGGAGGUGCCAAAGACAGAAAGUACUAAAUCCUCCUCCCAGAAAGAUGAAAAGACCAUUAGUACACCCAGAAAAACUCACCCUAAGGUGACGAAAGAACAUCAAGAAACAAAAUCCAUCAAGGAGGAAAAGGUUAAAAAAGAAUAUUCAAAAGAUGCCAAACAAGAAAAGCUAGCUAACAAGGAGGAAAAGUCAAAAAAGACUAAUGAGAAAAGUAAGCCAGCUGAUGCCAAGCCAGAAAAAAGAAAAAGAAAAGCUGAAGAAAAGGGUGUUGAUAAAGAACAUGAGAUUUUGUCGUUGAAAAGCUCUAAACCAGAAGUUGCUGAAAUGAUGAAGCCAUCACCAAAGCGGAAAAUUGAGCCAGAUGCUGAGAAAACAGAUAGGACACCAGAAAAAGACAAAGCUGUGUUAACUGCCCCAGCCAAAAAAAUUAAGCUCAACAGAGAAACAGGAAAAAAAAUUGGAAGUGGAGAAAACCUGCCCAAUGCAAAAGAACUCACUGAAAAAUUGGAGCCAACAUCCAGUAAAAUCAAACAAGAAAAAGUUAAAGGAAAAGUAAGAAGAAAAGUAACAGCCACUGAAGGAUCUAGCUCAACUCUUGUGGAUUAUACCAGUACCAGCUCUACUGGAGGUAGCCCUGUAAGGAAGUGUGAAGAAAAAACAGACACAAAACGAACUGUCAUUAAGACCAUGGAAGAAUAUAAUAAUGAUAAUACAGCUCCCGCUGAAGAUGUUAUUAUUAUGAUUCAGGUUCCUCAAUCAAAGUGGGACAAAGAUGACUUUGAAUCUGAAGAGGAAGACAUUAAAUCUACACAAGCUUUGUCAAGUGUAGGAAAGCCUGCUAGUGUUAUAAAAAAUGUUAGCACUAAGCCAUCAAAUCCUGUUAAACUUAUUGAAAAAGAAAGCGAGCCAUCAGAGAAAAUUCAGAAACCCACAAAAGAAGUAAGCCACGAAGGUGUACAGCAUGAGGCCAAAAGUUCCAAAACUUGUUCAUCCAGUGAUAAAGGAAAAACCAAAGAUCGGGAUCAUUCUGUGUCAGAUAAGGAAAACUCUGAAAAAAGGAAAAGCAGCAUUCAGACAGAAAAAGAUACUACUGUAGAUCGUAUAAGUGAACAAGGAAACUUUAAAAGUCUUUCUCAAUCUUCCAAAGACAGUAGAACUUCAGAUAAACAUGAUUCUGGGCGUGGUUCCUCAAGUAAAGACUUUACACCUAAUAGAGACAAAAAAAUAGACUAUGAUAACAGAGAUCACUCUGGUUCCAAACGGAGAGAUGAAAGGAGUGACUUAACAAGAAGAAAAGAUUCUCCUUCUCGAACUAAAUUAGAAUCUUCAUUGGGUCAGAAAAAUAAACUGAAGGAUGAGAGGACAGAUUUACCUAAAAAGGGAGUUGGAGAGUCAAAAAGAGGCAACUCUAGUCCUUCAAAGGAUAGGAGACCAUAUGAUCAUAAAGCUGCUCAUGAUUCCAAACGUUCAAAUGAUGACAAUAAGUCUGUGGACAAAAAUCCAGUUAAAGAAAGAGAAAAGCAUAUAUCAGAAACAAAGAACAAUAAAGAGAAAGAGUUAAGUGGAAAUAAAUUAUUUUGUAAGCAUAGCUCACCAGAUACACAAAUUGAAAAAGAGCAUGUUACUACAGGGCAAAAUGAUAAGACUGUUGUCAAACCUAAGCCCCAGUUAAGUCAUUCCUCUCGACUUUCUUCAGACUUAACAAGAGAAACUGAUGAGGCUGCUUUUGUACCAGACUAUAAUGAAAGUGACAGUGAGAGUAAUGUGUCUGCAAAAGAGGAAGAAACUUUGGGGAAAAAUCCUAAGGAACUGAAAGAAAAGGUGGCAGAGAAAGCUAAAGAGACCCUGGAGACAACAGUAGUUGGCCAAAUAGGUAUAAGAAGUCAGAGUCAAAGUAGUCCUAGUGUUAGCCGAAGUCGCAGUCAUAGCCCUUCUGGAAGCCAAACACGAAGCCACAGCAGCAGUGCUAGCUCAGCAGAAAGUCAGGAUAGCAAGAAGAAGAAAAAGAAAAAGGAAAAAAAGAAGCACAAGAAACAUAAAAAACAUAAGAAACAUAAGAAACACACAGGCACUGAGUUAGAAUUGGAAAAGAGCCAAAAACACAAGCAUAAGAAGAAAAAAUCCAAGAAAAGCAAAGAUAAAGAAAAGGAGAAGGAAAAGGAUGACCAAAAAGUUAAAUCUGUCACUGUAUAAAAAAUGACAGAUUAAAAAAUUGACUUAAUUACUAAGUCAUCUGUAUUAAAUUUUGUUAUAAUGUAAACAGAUUCAAGCUUUGUAAAUAAUGACAUGGAAGACCCUGUGCUGCACUUAAAAUAUUGCUGCUUGAUUAUUUGAUUUUUACAUCAGAGCUUUAUAACACGAACUUUUUGUACAGAAUUGUGAGUUGUGACCAUGUAACAUGAGAGGUUUUGCCUGGGGCAUCUUAUUUUUAACCACCAUUAAUUAGUUUGGGUGGAGUUUACUGUACUGUGAAAUUUUCACAUUUGGAUUUUUUUUAAUUGCCUGGCAGAAAAAGCUGGUAUCCGUUCUAAAAUAUCAGCAGAAUGAUUUGCAGAAUUCAUUACAGCCCUGUUAUGUCACUUUUUGAUUACAAUAAAAGUUUUCAGUAAACUUUUCAA